CACUCAUGUCCGACUCAGCUCCUCCGCAAGAUACGCCGACGACGUCGUCGUGGUCGCCAAGCGAGACCGCACCUUCCUCACGAGCCAAGCUCCGCAAGAUCCCUCAGAUCCCAAUCCGCCGGUCCCCGAAGGAUGAUGAAUACGCAACGCGAAGCGACGACGAAGACGAAGAAGAGGAAGGCGAAGACGACGUUUCAGACCCCGAUGAUGCACAUUCUCCGAUGCUUGUCGCGUCCAAGCUGGGGCUCAACCACAUUCGCACCCGCUCCGCUCCGUCGCCGCUCCGGUUCUCGUCGUUGGCCGGUACACUUUCGAAUUUGGGGAACGAUUCCAAUGGGACUAAGGCCACGGUCCCGGAUGCGACCAAAUUGGCCUAUUCGCUUCAGCGAGCCACGUCCAUAGAACAAGGGAAAAAGGUUCAAUGGACUCAGUCGAAAUCAGUGAAAGCCCCAUUGCCACUCAAUAUGGGGUUGGAGGCUAAUCAUGCAGCCUUCGUCAAGGAAAUCCAAUCGCCGCGUUUCCAGGCAAUACUGCGCGUCACAAGUGGGCGUAAGAAGAGAACCCCUGAGAUCAAGAGCUUCUCUCACGAACUAAACUCCAAAGGAGUUCGACCAUUUCCGGUUUGGAAGUCUCGUGCAUUCGGGCACAUGGAGGAGAUUAUGGUGGCAAUAAGGACAAAAUUUGACAGGUUAAAGGAAGAAGUUGACUCUGAUUUAGGUGCAUAUGCUGGAGAUUUGGUGGGUAUACUUGAGAAGACUUCAGAGUCUCACUCUAAAUGGAAAGAGGGCGUGGAGGAUUUGUUGGUAGUUGCGCGGCGCUGUGCAACGAUGCCGUCUAGUGAGUUUUGGGUAAAGUGUGAAGGCAUUGUUCAGAGUUUGGAUGACCGGCGUCAAGAACUACCAAUGGGGGUCCUCAAACAAGCCCAUACCCGCCUUCUUUUUAUUCUCACUCGGUGCACCCGACUUGUGCAGUUCCAGAAAGAGAGUGGUUAUGAAGAAGACCACAUACUGGGACUUCACCAACUCAGUGAUCUUGGAGUUUAUUCGGAACAAGUUUUGCAGGCUACACGGCAGGAAUUUAGUGGGCCAUCGAGUGGGAAGGAGGUGAAUAAGAAGCAAAUGAAGAUGUCACAUGGGCGGGAAAAAGGCAGUCUUAAGAAGCAUGGUCAAGUAGAUCAAGAUCUCAAUAGUGGAGCUGAUGGUGUGGAAGUUGGCACCGCCAGAAGUGCUGAUUCAUCUUCAAGCAGCUAUAGGAUGUCAUCUUGGAAGAAACUUCCAGGUGCUGCUGAGAAAAACCGGAAAAUUCAUUGUGCUGUUGAUGCUCCCUCCAAGGAUACACCGGAAAAGUUGCAACAUAAAGAUGAAAGAAAAACUGGUGGUGAUGACAUCAUUGAGAAUCUUGAUAGUCCAUUAUGCCGCCCUGAACAUUCAAAGGCUUCUUCAGGGUUACAAAGAGUUGGACUCUGGGAUCAGCAGAAUGUUACGUAUGAGAGUUUGAUGAUCUGUCGUAUUUGUGAGGUCGAGAUACCAACUGUGCAUGUAGAAGAGCACUCUCAAAUAUGUACAAUUGCCGAUAGAUGUGACUUGAAAGGCUUAACUGUUAAUGCACGGCUUGAGAGAGUUGCCGAAACUCUUGAAAGGAUCCUGGAAUCUUGGACUCCAAGGAGUACGCCUGGAAGCACGGAUAGAGGAAGUUUUGAGGUUGCUAGAGUGUCUACAUCAAGUAUACAUGAGUCAGAUGACAUGUCACCUAAGCAAAACAGCUUGUCUCGUCCAUCUUCUGAAGAAGUUCUUGAUUGUGCUGCUGAUAUGGAUAAUAAUUUUGUCAUGGAUACUGUGAAUGUUUCGCCCGGAAUGUCAUUUGAAACUGUGACACCUGGUCGAUGUGCAAGAGUUUUGUCACCAGGAAGCUUGACACCUCGAUCAACAUUAUUAACACCACGGACCAACCAGAUUGAAUUGCUUUUGAGUGGACGGAGAAUACUAGCAGAGCUUGAGAAUUAUCAGCAGAUAAACAAGUUGCUGGAUAUUGCUCGUUCUGUUGCAAAUGUAAACAACUGCGAGUACAGUGCAUUGGAGUAUAUGAUUGACCGUCUGGAAGAACUCAAAUAUGCCAUCCAGGACAGAAAGGUCGAUGCCCUUGUUGUAGAGACAUUUGGAAGACGUAUAGAGAAACUAUUGCAGGAAAAGUAUGUACAUCUUUGUGGGCAGAUAGAAGAUGAAAAAGUAGACUCAAAUGGCAUUGUUGACGAAGAUAGUUUGAUGGAAGAUGAUACAGUCCGUAGUCUGCGUGCAAGCCCUAUCGAUCCUUGUUCUAAGGAUCGGACAUCAAUAGAAGAUUUUGAAAUAAUAAAACCAAUUAGUAGAGGGGCAUUUGGACGAGUCUUUCUUGCACGGAAAAGAGCAACUGGUGAUUUAUUUGCUAUAAAGGUGUUAAAGAAAGCUGAUAUGAUACGUAAAAAUGCAGUUGAAAAUAUUUUGGCGGAGCGCGACAUCCUCAUAUCAGUUCGCAACCCUUUUGUGGUCCGAUUUUUCUACUCCUUCACAUGCAGGGAAAAUCUUUAUUUGGUCAUGGAGUACUUAAACGGAGGAGAUCUUUAUUCUUUAUUGAGAAAUCUAGGCUGCUUGGAUGAAGACAUGGCCCGUAUAUAUAUUGCAGAAGUUGUUCUUGCUUUGGAGUAUCUGCAUUCUUUAAAUGUCAUUCAUAGAGAUUUGAAGCCUGACAACUUGUUGAUUGGUCAAGAUGGUCACAUAAAGUUGACAGAUUUUGGGCUUUCAAAGGUUGGUCUCAUUAACAGCACAGAUGACUUAUCAGGUCUUUCAGUCAGCAGUACUGAUUUCCUUGGGGAUGAUGAACCAAAAAGUGAACCUUCAAUGAAAAGAGAACAGCGCCAAAAGCAACCAGUUGUGGGCACGCCUGAUUAUUUGGCACCCGAGAUACUUCUUGGCAUGGGACAUGGUGCAACCGCAGAUUGGUGGUCUGUGGGUGUUAUUCUAUUUGAGCUGCUUGUAGGUAUUCCACCAUUCAAUGCUGAACGUCCUCAGCAAGUUUUUGAUAACAUAAUAAACAGAGAUAUACCUUGGCCCAAGAUACCUGAGGAGAUGAGCAAUGAAGCGUAUGAUUUGGUUGACAAAUUUCUGACUGAAAAUCCAGUGCAAAGACUAGGUGCAACAGGAGCCAGGGAGGUGAAGGUACAUCCUUUCUUCAAGGAUAUUAAUUGGGAUACACUUGCAAGGCAAAAGGCUAUGUUCAUACCAGCAAUAGAAGCACUUGAUACAAGUUAUUUUAUGAGCCGGUACAUAUGGAAUGUAGAAGAUGACCACGUGGUGGGAGUUAGUGACUUUGAGGACGUAACUGAAACAUGCAGCAGCAGAUCAUGCAGCAAUGAACAUGAAGAAGAUGGUGAUGAAUGUGGCAGUUUGGCGGACUUCCAUUGUCCAGCCCUUGCAGUGAAGUACUCGUUUAGUAAUUUCUCAUUUAAGAACUUGUCUCAGCUGGCUUCUAUCAAUUUUGAUCUAGUUGUGAAGAGCAGCAAGGAAUCACCAGAAGCCUCAAAGCCAUCCAUUCCAUGACAAUUUUACAUGUACAUAUGCAGUUUUUCGACGAGGAAGGUCUUCAACUUGGAAAAGUUAUAAGAAAAGGCUCAUGUGGUCUGAUAUGGCUUUUAUUUAUAGAAAAGCAGUUAUUGUUCUCGAAGGCAAAGAUAGGAGCAUGUCCCCGUACAUACUGACCAAUUUAUUGUUAGAUAAUAGUAGCCGGUAUGCUUCUGCUCUUACUUUCUGUAUCAUUCAAUUUUCCAGUUUCAGAAAUGGCAUGACAAUACAAAAGAUCAUGAGAGCUAUAUAUUCAAAAGAACCAUGAUGAUGCUGUAGCAGAAGUUUUGUGGAAAUCCUUGGUGAUCAGUGGAUUGAGGGGCACUGAGCUCGCCAUGGGGCAAAGCCAAGGCUCUGUUUAUUGUUCGUAUCAACUUUUGAAGGAUGAAGGUGGAAAUUCUCCAUGCUUGUUGAUAGAGUACUGGGCUAAAGCGAGAACUCUUUUGCGAAGUCCUUUCAAUAGGAAAACAUUUUUAUAAGAAUUGUAGAAUUUGUUUUAUAUGAAACAAAUGUAGUCUAACAUGUCAAAAGAUCUUAGCUCUUAUAUGGGAA